AUGGAAAAAACCUCCUUCUUCAUCACAGAGAGAGAUAAUAAAAAAUGUUGUUCUUCAUCAUGUAAAGAAAUAAAGAUUAAAAAGAAGAGGAGAUCACCAAGCAAAGAAGCCAACAAGUAUGAUCUUGUGGACUAUGCCUCCCUCCCUACCUUCUUGAAGCACAAUGAGUUCAUCCUUAGCUAUUACCGUUCCGAAUGGCCGAUAAAACAAACCAUUCUUAGCGUUUUCUCCAUUCACAACGAAACUCUGAACAUAUGGACGCAUCUCGUUGGCUUCUUCAUCUUCCUCGUUCUCACCAAUUAUGUCAUCAACUCUUCUCCGAUGAUCAACACAACCACAACCUCUUCUCUAACUCAUCAAGUCAUUCUUCACAACAACUUACAAAUCAUUCACUCAAAUGAUUCUCAAGUAUCACAAACUUCAUUGCAUGUCAACCAAACCACAACCAUGAUCAAGAACCAAGAAACAUCUGAACCGACAACAAGGUGGCCGUUCUAUGCAUACAUGUGUGGAGCUAUGUUUUGCUUGCUGAUGAGCAGUGCUUGCCAUCUUCUCUCUUGUCAUUCCGAGCACACAUGCUACCUAAUGCUCCGGCUAGACUACGCCGGAAUCUCCGGUCUCAUCGUCACAUCAUUCUAUCCACUUGUCUACUAUUCUUUUACAUGUCACCCAUUUAUACGUAACGUAUACCUCACUGCUAUCACUGUCUUCGGCAUCGCCACCAUUAUCGUGUCGCUUUUUCCGGUCUUUGAGACGCCGGAGUACCGAUCAAUGCGUGCCGGGCUCUUUGUUUGCAUGGCAUUGUCUGGGUUGGUGCCUAUCAUGCAUAAGUUGAUGGCUUUUGGUGACCGGCCGGAGGCGGUGGUGACGGCAGGGUACGAGAUGAUUAUGGGAGCUUUCUAUGCUCUCGGUGUUAUCGUUUAUGCGGCGAGGGUGCCGGAGAGGUGGAUGCCAGGGAGGUUUGACCUUGCAGGCCAUAGUCAUCAAUUGUUUCAUGUUCUUGUGAUCGCCGGAGCUUAUACACACUAUCUCGCCGGAUUGGUAUAUCUUAGAUGGAGAGAGAUUGAAGGGUGCUAAUCUCGAGGCAAUGAUUUGAACGAUUUGAGUGUUUCUGGCCGUCCAUUUGUCGGUCAAUGUCCAAAAGAUUUGUGCAUUGACUGAGAGUGUAUGGUUUGUUGUUGCCGCCCUCAUAAGAAAGUCAAACCGCGGGAUAAUUGUUUUAUAAUGAUGGUUGGCUUUUGUUUCCAUUUUUAUUUUUUAUUUUUAUUUUUAUUUUUUUUGGGGUCUUUUGUUUAUAUAG